AUUAAAAGCCAACGGAUGGCAAACUGAUAGGGUUUCACACACGGAGGGGACGGGGAGAUCAGGAGGCAGGCAGCAGCCCUGAUAGGCUCAUGUGUAACGAAACAGGCGCUUCCGCACCGCGGCGGGGUCAGCUGAUUGGAGCGGCACGCGGAAGCUGUAAAAGUCCACCGGGGAGCGAUCCACAAGUGGCCGGGCCCAAGUCCCACGUUCUGCCCGCAGGAGCAUCAACCGGUGUGCUGCGCACGUCGGCCGGCCUCACGUCUCCAUACCUGCACGUCCGGCAGCAGCUCCUCCGAGAGCCACGCGCAGCCGGCGAAGGCUGUCACCCUCCGGGGGGAAGUUAUGGCACACGGCGAGUCGUCGGUCGCCUUGAACGGGACUCAGAUUUCCUACAUCGGACACGACUGCAAAGACAUCCCAGGCUUCCUUGGAGACACCUAUGGCCAGUUUGCAAGAAGGCUGGAUCUGAGCUUCAAUCAACUCAGGUCACUGGCCGGCCUCAAAAUGUUCACUGAGCUGGAAGAGCUGGUCGUCGACAACAAUCUGCUUGGAAAUGACCUCCGGUUGCCCAGGUUACCCAACCUCCACACGCUGACACUCAAUAAGAAUCAACUGACUGAUAUCGAGGCCCUGCUGGAACACUUGGCCGAUGUGACCCCGUCACUGGAGUACCUAAGCCUGCUGGGAAAUGAGGCCUGCCCCAACCAGCUGGUCAGCCUGGAUAAGGACGAGGACGACUACCAGAGAUACAGGUACUUCGUUCUGCACAAGUUGCCCCAGCUGAAGUUCCUGGACACCAGGAAAGCCACCAACACAGAAGUGAUGGAGGCGCAGGCGAGAGGAGCAUUCAUGAAAGUGGUCAAGCCCAAGUCAGAAGCUCCGCCUUAUGAGUCUCGAUCUGAGAGUCACCCACUGCCCUACACUCCUCUGCCCCGAGGGUCCAGAGAUGCCAGGAACCACAAAGGGGUGUUCGCCAAGUGUCGCUACAUCUACUAUGGCAAGCACUCGGAAGGCAACAGGUUCAUCCGAAACGACCAACUCUGAUGGGGCGCUGCUGCCGCCCCGGCGUGAAAGAGGCGCACGGAAGACGUCGGGUGUCCACAGAAGGAACGAUGAUCGAACCAUGAAAGCAUUGGUGACAAUGGAGUCGCCAAGGUUUCAAAUAAUGUCAACUUCAGCCGAAUAUGUUGUUGUGGUUAUGUCAGGUGAAUUUGUUUUUUUUUGUUGUUUUAAUUUUUUUUUGUGUAGUUGAUCAUAUUCCAGCCCCUAUAGUUAUGCCCCUCCUCUGAGCUCCGUCUGCCUCAGAGUCAGAGUCAGAGAUGACACUCCCACUGACAUGAUAGCCUCUAAGCAUCAGCGACCGCACAACUACAGACAGACAGACACACGCAGAAGGACACACACUCUCUCUCUCUCUCUCUCUCUCUCUCUCUCUCUCUCUCUCUCUCUCUCUCUCUCUCUCUCUCUCUCGUUCAAUUGCAUCCUUUUCUUUGACAGCAAUGAUGGAUCACCCAUCCACUACCGACACUAAUCAAGGGUGAAAGGGGUGACGGUCACACACCUGGGGCCUGACAUGGUCUCAUCUCUCUCUCUCUCUCUCUCGCUCUCUCUGUCUCUCUCUCUCUCUCUGUCUCUCUCUCUCUCUGUCUCUGUCUCUCUCUCUCUCUGUCUCUCUCUCUCUCUCUCUCUCUCUCUCUCUCUCUCUCUCUCUCUCUCUCUCUGUCUAUUACUUACAGACACACUCACACACACACACAUAUCUGCUGUUUAAAACAUGAAGACAUCAACAGGGCCAUGGUUAGAAACUCGAGGCAUGAUCAGUCGAGGUUUAGUUUGUGUCCGGGGUGCCGAGCAAUUCUCCGUCUUUUUUAUUUUGAGUGGAUUUCAUUGAAUUUGUUUCAGAAGAGGAAGAGGAAGAGUUUGUUUCUCUAAAGUCAGGCAUAUUUGUUGUAGUUGAGCAAGGAUUUGGACAGUUUCCCUUUGCAAGUAUAUAUUAGUGCGCUUGUUAUUUCCCGGAGGAGAUUUAUCCGAUGCAGCCGAGUCCAAAACAUUCCAGUAUGAGCUUGAAUGAAGAACAGAGUUGUGUGCGUUCCGGCUCUAUCAUUAUGUUAUUUUGCACUGCCUGUCUUCAGCCCUUUAACUGCUUCGCGCUGAAAUACCCCCGUCAUCAUUUGCAUUUUGUGUUGACGAAUCGUAAAACAAACUGUGACACAUAAUCUGCAGAAAAUUGUAUUCAUUGUAAUAUUGACCAUGAAGUUACCCCAAAUGUGUUCAAUGUUUACAUUUUAUUCUACUUUUUGAAUCAUCAUGUGAACUUAAACAGUGAACUUGCAAUGUGUUUAAGAUGAUUUCUAAUAGCGUAUCACUGCAACCUAAGGUUAAGUGUUGCCAUUUUUUUUAAUAUCUUAUUUUAUAGUUUUCCAGGCAGCCGUCCAGUCUGAGAUUCUGAGAGGAUGGAAUGAUGCAACGCAGCUGAUGUGAUGUAAAACUGCAUUAGCCCAAUGGCUUUGAGUGUUAAAACAAUUUGACUUAA